CCUCCCCAGAUUUCGAGGGCUGGGACCUACACCUGGCAAAGAUAAAAGGUGGGAUGGCGACCGCUACUAAGCCCUUGGCCUAGUAUUCCGCCUAUCUGUAAUACAACUGCUCUGGCUCGUCAGAUUGGAUCAGCACAAUCUGGGGUACAAAAGCAUAUCAAGGGCUACCUAUGAUAACGACUUAACAUCCUGCUUUGCUUCGCCAAGCCGGCAACAAUCAGUGGCAGAGAGAUACGACCGCCCCGGCGAACUUUCUCCAUCUAUAUAGAGGGUCUCUGAGUCAGUCCGGGCUUGAACGUGCCAGACUGGUAUCCUACCUUGCUGAAUUUGAGGCAAACCCCUCUUCACACCCAUGGCGAGCACCGACGUUCAAUCCGACUGUGAGGUGGCCAGCAAGACCAUGGUGGCCAGCACCAAAACCGAGGUUCUCGAGCAGUCCACUUCCCCGGUCCAGGAAGUCUUCCUGGAGCCGGUCAACCGAGCGCAGCAGAUCCGGAACAACGUCGCCCUGUUCAGGUACUUGGGCAAACUCGAGGAGAAGUUGGACGAGCUCGUCGGCGUCGAGACGCAAGGGAUCGACCGGAUCCCCGAGGACAAGAGGCGGCCGCCGUCCCUGAUCAACGCUUUCUUCUUGUGGUUCUCGUUCAAUGGACAUGUCGCCACUCUCCCCGUGGGCGUGCUUGGGCCAGAGUUUGGUUUAUCGCUCCAGUUGUCGGUGGCGGCCAUUGUGGUCGGCAGCUUGCUGGGUUCUUUCUUCCCCGCUUACUGUGCAACCCUCGGACCCAAGCUCGGGUUACGUGCCAUUGGUGCCGCGCGGUACUCCUUCGGCUUCUGGGGCGCCAAACUCUGUGCCAUCAUCAAUAUCAUUGUCAAUGUUGGGUUUGGCGUCGUGUCGGUCGUCACGGCGGGACAGUUACUCAGUGCGGUCUCGAAUUUCAGCAUGUCGAUCAACGUGGGCUGUGUGAUUGUAUGCGUGAUUGGCUAUCUGGUCUCCGUGGGCGGCUUCGGCAUCAUCCACACCUUCGAGAAGUACAUGUGGAUCGCGGCCUUUGUGCUGGAGUGCGUCCUCGUCGGCCAGGCGGCCCCUCGGAUCAGCCCCGAGACCCCGUCUUCAUGGUCGGGGCUGGAACUGUCGGCGGCCUUUCUGACCUUUCUGGCCAUCAGCUUCGCCUACGCGGCGGCAUGGUGCUCGACCACGGCCGACUAUUACUGCAACUACCGCACGACCACGCCGCGCUGGAAGAUCUUUGCCCUGACAUACGCCGGCUUGUCCCUCUCGACGAUCUUCGCCCUCACGAUCGGCGCCUGUGUCGGCAACGCCAUAUUCACAUACGAGCCGUGGCUGGAGAUUUUCGAGGCGCACGGCUUGGGCGGGGUGAUGGGGGAAAUCUACCACCCCCGCGGCUGGUCGCGCUUUGCCCUGGUCAUCUCGACGUUCACCGUGCUCGGCUCGAUCGUCGCGGGCAACUACUCGGCCGGCCUGGCGGCCCAACUCGUGGGCGACCAUUUCCACGCGAUUCCGCGGUUGAUCUGGUCAUUCUUGGCCAUGCUGGCGGCCCUGAUCCUCGCUCUCGCCGGGCACGACAGCCUCUCGACCAUCCUGAGCAACUUUUGCAGCCUCUUGGGGUACUGGAGCGUCUGUUUCGCCGUCAUUGUCUUUCUCGAGGACCAGUGGUUCCGCCGGCGCGACGGAUACGACCUGGACCUCUGGGACAGCCCCAAGGCGUUGCCGCUGGGGAUCGCGGCCGUGGUGACUUUGGUCGCGGGCUAUCUCGUGGGUGCUCUCCUCGGCAUGGAUCAGACCUGGUUCGUCGGCCCCAUUGCGAAGUCAUUCGGUGGGAUCGGUGGAGACGUGGGGAUUUACCUGUGUUUUGUUCUUUCCAUUGUCUUGUACUGGCCACUGAGGACGAUCGAGAAGAAGAGGACGGGAAGAUGAGGAGGAGGAGGGACAAAUUAAC